AUGGGCAUCGUAUCUGCCUAUACGAUGAUUCGCGUCCUGGCGCUGACUCACCUGGGCGCUGCGGUGCUGUUCUUGCAGAAUCCUAAGAGCAUCGCAGGACACAACAUUGUCUCUCUAAUGGAAGAAGCCAUGCAACUUCCUACCCCGCGCGGAUUUCUCAAGCCGAGCCCAGUCACAGCCUUCAUUGCCGUUCUUUUGGCUUUCCAUGCCAUCAGCGACCUCGCCGUUUUCUACCUUUCCGAAGACCUCCUCGAACUAUACUGGGGAACGCAAGCGCCUGUUCGAUUGGCAUUCCUCUUCCUGCUCACGGGCUACAGCUACGCGUUCAAACCGGAUAGCAUGCUGACGAACGACGGACGCAAAUCAUCAGGAAACACGGGGAAUCUGCUAAACAACAGCGUUGUGUUCACGUGGGGAUUCAUGGAGCUUUCUACCUGGUUCUGGGUGAGUCUACUGCAUGGCCUGGACCUGCACAAUCAUCUAUUGGAUGGAGGGGUGCUGAUGAAUUUUAGAUUUUCCUCGCGUUGAGAGACGAACGUAACGAACGUCGCGGUCGAAUCCUUAAGAAACGUCAUGACGAGAUGAACCAGAUGUAAUGGAAUUCAGAUAACGACAAAGCAGUUCAUUCCGGGGGGUAUAGAUGGCUACAAAAGUUUCCCGCAAAAUAAUCACAAAAUCCAUGCUUCAAGAACAGACCAUAUGCCACUAGUGACCCCGAGUAGAAUGGCACUACCUACCAUGUCUUCUUCUUCGCCAGCAUUAAUCCUGACGUAUCUUCACAACAUUCGGUUUCCCUAUCAUGAUCCCAUGGGAUUAUACAUUCCGUCAUCGGAGGCGUGCGCGCAAAUCCAUCUCAAGUCUCCCAUCGAGCAGCCCAGUGACGAUUUGAAUGCCUCUUUUGGAUUCGGC